GUGCAAGUUGUGGAAGCCCCAGAUGCUGUGAGAAACAUGGUGUCAUUCUCUGCCUUCGGUUUCCUUGAUGGAGAAGUAUCCUUAAAAGGUCUUUAUAACUGAAACAACUUAAGACCAUUUGCCACAUGACUCUAUAAGACUUCCUUUGCAUUCAAUUAAUCAAAGUCAGUCUUGAAUUCCCAAGGAUCAUCAAGAACAUAUAUCAACUCUAACUUUUGUUGAAGCAUGAUAUAUGGUUAAGAUAAUCAUGACAUUUUAAAUGUUUCAGAUUGUUGCGAGCAAACUGUAAGUGAAACUAAUUUCAGAAGGGGUGCGGGUAUCUGAGAGAAUGCCGAGAUUCGUGCAAACAGUAAUGCACGCAAGAGCAAACUCUUCCCGUAAGCAUCCGUGAGGCCGUGCCCGUUAAAAAGUGCUGCGAACAUUUCUUACAAUGUCCGACGUGGCAGUCGUUCAUUAUUCGGAUUUGCUGCAUGGUACUCUGCACCGAUCACAGCAAAUGUCUCGUGGGCCCCGCCAGAACGUGUGGUCAUAAGCUGCGUUACGGUUCGCAGCAAAUCGAAGAAUCCACAACUCAUCAGCUCACCAAAGUUCUUUCUCUAGGCUAAUAAUGGCGCCACGUAAUCAUUUCCGCCAUAUACACGUGGCAACUCCUCCCGCGCUUCCCUCUUCCUUGCCCUCCCUGCCUCUUUUUUUUUUCCCCGGUCGGAAGGCGAACACCAUGCCCUUCCUCCUCCUUCCCUUCUCUCCUUCCUUACUCCCUUCCAGAGCCUUCGCUUGCACUCCAAAUCCACUCCCCUUCAAUUCCCAUCUCAUCAUGAGCUUGGCUUCGAAUCUCAUUUCCCGGCCUGACGAAUGCCGGCAGGCGCGGUGCCAUACAGUCCCGGGACUGAGCGCCGAGGAGGUCGCCGCGGUUUCCGAGGAGGCAUUCGGGAGGCAUUCCUCUCCCGAUUUGAAGCGGAACGGCACCGGGAUCGCCAUCAUGUGGUUUAGAAACGACCUCCGGGUUCUGGACAACGAGGCGCUGAUCCGGGCGUUGGCGGCAUCUGAUGCCGUCUUACCGGUGUACUGUGUGGACCCUCGCCAUUUUGGGACUACCCAUUACUUCGGAUUUCCAAAAACUGGAGCAUUCAGAGCACAGUUUCUGAUAGAAAGUCUUGCUGACUUGAAAAAGAAUUUGAUGAAGCGUGGAUUAGACUUGCUAGUACGACAUGGAAAGCCUGAGGACAUCCUUCCUUCAGUUGCAAAAGCUCUUGGAGCCCAUACAGUUUAUGCUCACAAAGAAACUUGCAGCGAGGAGCUUCUUGUUGAACGACUUGUUCGCAAAGGCUUGCAUCAAUUAGCGGUAUGUGAGGGAGAAUCUUUGAAACAUAAACCUGUAUAUCCUAAGCUACAACUUAUAUGGGGAAGCACAAUGUACCAUAUAGACGAUCUUCCAUUUGAAGCAAAGAAUUUACCAGAUGUAUAUACACAGUUUCGUAAGGCUGUUGAAUCGAAGUGUUCAAUUAGGAGUUGCUUCAAGUUGCCAGCAUCACUUGGGCCACUACCCGGCAGUAGUUUGGAUGAAAUUGGUGGACAGGGAACCAUUCCUACACUUGAACAACUAGGACACUACGAGAAAAAGUUUGAACGAGGAAUACACUUUGUCGGAGGUGAGAAUGCAGCUUUGUGUAGGGUUCAUGAAUAUUUCUGGAAGACUGACAUGUUAAGGGUUUACAAGGAGACAAGGAAUGGUAUGUUAGGGCCAGAUUAUUCCACAAAAUUCUCUCCAUGGCUUGCUUUUGGUAGUCUUUCUCCACGUUAUAUCUAUGAAGAGGUAAAGAGAUACGAGAAGAAGCGCUUGGCAAAUGAUUCAACAUACUGGGUUCUAUUUGAGCUGAUAUGGAGGGACUACUUCAGGUUUCUUUCAAUAAAAUAUGGAAAUUCAAUUUUUCAUCUAGGGGGUCCAAGAAAAGUGAUGAUCAAAUGGAGCCAAGAUCAGUCACUAUUGGAGUCUUGGAGAGAUGGCCGAACAGGUUAUCCUCUCAUUGAUGCGAACAUGAAAGAGCUAUGUACCACUGGCUUCAUGUCAAACCGGGGGCGUCAGAUCGUCUGCUCAUUUCUGGUUCGAGAUAUGGGCAUAGACUGGCGCAUGGGAGCUGAGUGGUUUGAGACAUGUCUCUUGGAUUAUGAUCCAGCAUCAAAUUAUGGUAACUGGACUUAUGGAGCAGGAGUUGGUAAUGACCCAAGAGAAGAUCGGUAUUUUAGUGUCCCAAAACAAGCAAAAACCUAUGAUCCUGAAGGUGAGUAUGUUGCUUACUGGUUGCCAGAGCUACGAGCGCUUCCAAAGGAGAGAAGGAACUUCCCAGGACAAUCAUAUAUUAAGCAAGUUGUACCUUUAAAGUUUGAGAAUACAAAUCAGAGGAAUGAUCAUGCCAAAAGAGGUAAUGGGAGACGGAACAAUAUGCACCUAGGAUGAGAGGCCCCAUAUACUGAUAAUGCAAUAAAAUGACAGCAUAUGAAGAUUUUUUUUUUUAUAACCAGAAUUCAACUAGUGUUUCAUUGAAUAGAAACUAAAAGAUCAGUAGUUUAUGAUGAUUCAUUACCAGAAUUCAGAAUGAAAUAACAUCAUGCCAGAACAUCAGAUGUCUCUGAUGAUUUCUUUUUGCUUGAACUUGGAAUAAGUUACAUAAAUAUA